AUGGAUUCCUGUGCCGGUGCGACAGUGUGCACGGGGCUUCCCACCGCUAUUGGAGAAGGUGCCUGGAGCGAGCGCAGUGCGUUGUGCACUUGUGCUCGGUAUAAUCCGUGCACUGCGCCUGAAGCAGCAGAGCCGCACAUCACGGCCAGCGGCGUGGUCCCCCAGAGUGUGGACGUCGACCUGAACGAAUUGUCAGGCCGGGGACCCAUGUGUCGGGCCCUUAACGCUUCCAAGUUCAUGGCACUACAGGGUGUCACUGGGCUUUGGGGCACCGGGCGCGCAUGUGGGCGCUGGGUCGCAUCCUGGUGUUGCUGCGGAGGAGCGAGACACUCGAGGCGCGUUUCGCGCCCGGGGGAAGAGGAAGGGCGAACCCCUCGCCAUGACCUGUCGGAGACCGAAUCAGAAGAAGAAGACAACCCAUGUCAGGCGGAUGCAAUUGCCUGGAAAGAAUGCACGCAGGCGAAAAGGCUCAGCAAAGAGCGCUGCAAAGAUGCAGCGUGUUCGUGGGUAAAGCUUCUUAGUGAUGACGGCGUGCAAAGCAGCAGUGGGGAACUACAUUGGGACGGUCUGCAAGCCAGCUGCCAGCUCUGCGCCCGACACCAAGAGAGCUACGCUCUUUCGAAAACUCGAAGGGCGUGCUCGGUCGAGGGCUGUGAAAAGGUUGCCCAAACCGUAAAGGGGGGGGUCAAGCUUUGCAGACUACAUGCCAGCAAAGAGGAGCGGGGCCCUGCCGUCAAACCGGGCAAUUUCGCUUCCCGGUCUCGAGGUCUUCCGGAAGCCAGAAAGAGGUCCAUCAGUCGUGGCGCGGAGCGCGCCCGACCACACUCACAGGAUGCGACGCCCAAACGCAGCACUCAGACGGAGGCAGCAGAACUCCGUGGGAUUUCCUCUCCCCCGCGUUUGGAUGGGGCCACCUCCGCGGCGUCCCUCCCCGGGGUAGAUGCCUCGGUCGAGGAUCAGGUACUCUCAGGGCUGACCUGGGAGGAGAUCGCCGGGAUACCUGAUGAGGAUCUCCGCAAGAGGGCUAUAUUUCUUAAGCAGAAGGGCACGAUGCCCGGCCCAACGUCCAGCGGACCGAGCAGAAGCACCCCCAGGACCGAGGAACCGGACGAAAAUCAAGCUCUGUUUGCGUACUUGGAAGCGAGGCUCCAAGGGAAGGGCCACGACUCAGCGGUCGAGGUUUCCGCGGUGGGCGGCCGGACCCCGUCGGAGAGACAACAACGCCUCCGGGAUCUUGCGCGGAGGCAUUGCUUGCGACUUACCAGUGAGCUACCAGCCGAAGCCGGCAAGUUUGUUUGGGAACUCGCCCAACCGCAAGCCUCACCAGAAGAGCAGCCGGGGGGCCACAAGGGCUUUCCGAGCGGGAGCCUUUAUAAUGAUGCGGAGGAACGAGGCAAGCUGGCGUCAAUCGGUCGCCUUGAAGAAAGGCUAGUUUUCCUGCUCCGGGGCUGUGACACUUUGAGCGUCACUCUGUGCCCGGGCGUGGUGGGCAAGGAACUCUUCCAUGCGCUUCGCAUUGCCGGGACACAGGCAAGACCGCAGCUGCGGAAGAUCGAGUUCCCAUGCAACAUUCAGAACCGGCACAGCUACGGGUUUGCGGCACUGCAGAUGGGCGGGAAAACGCUCAGUACCCUGCCUGAGUACUGCCUCUCAGCGGGAGAUUUCCCGCUCACCUCGGAAGAAGAUUUCGAUAACUACGGGGGCUCGCCAGAUCUCAAACUUGAACGUAAGGGCAGAUACCCUAACACGUUGACCUCCUGGUUCAGAGCCGCCCUCCGCCAGUCCUGGGCCUUCGCCUGUCUCUUCGGUGAAGAAUAUUACCCCGUGCUUGAAAAGGCAGCCUCACAUUUGCUCCGUUUAGGGGAGCAACACGGCUAUGCCUGGCCAGCUUCGGCAGUAUACGGUGCGUGGGAAGAGCUUUGGGCCCGAUUCUGCGAGGAGGCUCGUGAGUUGGAUCGUCGUAUCCGCAGAGCCAUGCAGGAUGAGACUCCUACGUUCGCCAGGCUAAAGUUUUUCGCCCUGUCGCCUGGUCCAGAUGGACAGCCCUGGCUCCAACUUCCAGGCACCUUUCGCCUCGACGAUGACACCCAAAACUUCUGCACCGACAUGUUGCCGCGCAUGCAACGCCAGCUCUCACGUGCGUGUUGGGCCGGCGCGCAGAAGAAGAGCAGCGCCGGAGGCAGAGCUGCGGGGGAGGGGGACAACACCGAGGCUCGAACCGAGCCCGGUGCACCUCUCCCGUCCAAGGGUGGUCGGGCAGGUGGCGAAGCGGCGGACAAAGCCGCGCCACCGAAACUUCUAGGCCCUAGCCUCACGCCCAAGGAGGCGGCCAGGUCCCUGGACCACCGGCCGAAAGACCAACAAGGCUGCCCCGAAGUUCCGAAGUGGACCAUGCUGGAUUAUACGGUCCAGCUCCAGUUGCUGCGCCGAGGGGGGCUGAAGGGCGCUAAGGCCAGAACAGCGGACGAGGUCGACCGAGAGUUUACCCGAGUUCGGGCAGAGCAGGCAGCUAAGACCGCAGCCGCCAAGCAAGAAGGCAUCGCUGCUGCAAAGGCCAAGGCUUCAGCCACCCAGAGGACCGGCCAAGCCGCGAGCGCGAGCAAUGCUGACCGCACUUCUCGGGCGGGGCAGCGCGUCCCGGAGCCGGCCGGGCAUGUGGUCGCCGAUUUGGAUGAUGUCCUACCUACCGACCGGGAGGAGACCCCUUGGAGCGCUAUGCAGGCUGUUGACGCGGCUGACCCCACCGGCUUGGUGGGCGUCUACUUACGCAACCGCCUUCUCCGCCUCCGUGAGGAGACGGGCCGCGCCCCUGAGCUCGACGACGUCACGCAGCUGUUGGAGGAAGCCGUAUCCCUGGGCGGACCGGAGCUUUCGGAAGAGGCGGCACACCUCCUCGAGGAGCGGGGCUUUCACCGCAAAGCCGGCGAGUCCCCACUGGUGCAGCUCUCGGGCCUUACCUGGAACUCCUCCAUCGGGGCUGGCACACUCACCUGGAAGGGCGUCGGUCAUUGGGCCAUGUACGAUUACCAGGCCGAAGCCGAUGUCCGGGUGUUCCACCACGACCUUCUCCAUUUUGGGCAUGAUCGGGACUAUCGGACUUUGGUGGCGCACCCUUUGGAGGUCGUUUGCGGUAGCCGAUACAGCGGCAAGGCGGAGGAUACCCGGUGGGUGCUAGUGGGAGGCGCCGGGGCAUUUGGGUUGCAGGUUCUCCGCGCGGGUCGCGGCCACCCUGUCGAGGCCCGUACCGGGCCCGCCUUGGGUGCCGCCGCCCCCGCCGCUCCGAACUCGUCCGCCGACUGGCCGCUGCUUUCCUGGCUGCCCGCUGCGGGACAGCCUCUCUCGCUGCUGGUGUUGGGGCUUCCUUCAGCGCACGCCUCAGUGGAUUGCGCUUCGGGGCCUUUGCCAGACGCAGCUGCCGCCGUGGCGCGUUCCGCGCCCAGCGAAGGCGACACCCAGGCGUUGGGUGAGGUGGCGUUGGCAGAGCCGGAAGCCAUCGCGCUUAAAGUCGACCCGGACACAUUGACGGCAGAAAUCGGCAAGCUGUCGCUGGAAGAUGAAGACCCGGAUUGGUCCGGCGACGAGGCCGAAAUUCAGGUGACCACCGCUUUGCCGGGCGAAGCUGCGUCCAGCUCCUCCAAGCAAGAGGAAGGCGUCGGGACCAAGAAGGAAAUCGAGCACGACGAGACGGAGGAACCUGCCCCACGCCGCCGCAAAGUGGUACUGGCUACGGGCCAGUUGUCGCUCCUCAGGGCCCUGGCCGCUGCCAACGCGUCCAACUGGUCCGGGGUUCAGCGAGCCCUCAGGGAAGCCCAAGGUUCGGGAGAAGAAAAGAGCGAGCUCGUGGAGAACCUUACGUCUCUUGCGCAAGCGUUCUCCAAGAACCGCGACGCCUGCGCGCAGGCGGCAACCUCGAGGGCGGCCGCCCUCGCAGAGCUCGAGGGCGCUGAAGCUGCGUACUUCGCCGUCGCGGCACUCCCACCGGCCUUGGCGGAGUUGGAACGAAAAAACCCCGUGAGGCCCAGCAUGAACAGGAGCCUCGGGUGGAUUGACCACGCGCGCUUCUUGCAGGACAAGGAAGCAGCCGGGGUGUGGGUUGCGCGCCGAAAGGAAAAAUCGCGUCUGCGGGCCGCAGCACACCGAGCAGCCCAACAAGUUGCCGAAGGUGCCGGCGCAGGGGCUCAGGACCCGGUCCGCGACCAGGCCGAUGCCGCCAGUCACCUCAACUUUCAAAUGAAUGAGGCGGCAAAGGAUAGCUUACGGCGCUUCCAAGAGGAGCUGCGCUCUGGGGAGCUGGACACCCCGAUGCGAGCCGCGGUAGCUCAGAAGCGCAAACCUGAGUCCGAGCGCAGGCGCCGCAUCAAGUGGGCUAAGUUUUGCGAGAAACAGGGUAAGACCCGCAAGUACGACCCUACUGAGAGUGAGCAGAACCACCCCUAUGCUCACUCUGAAUCGCUUCACCUCGAGAGGGCCAUGCCGUGGCCCGCUUCGGGCCCGGCAGGCUGCCUCUACCUUGCCUGGCGCAUGACUUUGGGCUGGGGCGUCGAGACGAAAGAGGUCGCCUGCCAAACUACCCAAGGGCAUCCGCCGGCAGCUGACCACGUGCGAGUGACGCCGGCCGGCGAGUGCUUCCACGCGGAGCAUUGCGGGCACUUGAGGGUGACGCUCGGAAGCCUUGCUGUUCUCGCUUUGCUCGUGCUGCAAGGGUGCGACCGAAACGCAGGAGAAACCGAGCGUCCCGGCGACCCCGCGGGACCGCCAUUGUUGGGAGCUUCUGCGCUGGUCGUGCUGCUCUUCACCUGGCCCGGGUUGCCGUGGCGCGCUCCGCGCCCGGCCUCUCGACGAGUGGGAGAAGGAACGCGCAGGGUCAGGUUCGCGGUGCGAGAAGCACACCGGGAGACACGAGGAGAGCCCCUGCCCGCACAGACCUCGAGCCUGACAACCCGACACCAUCGGCGUCGGGGCAGUCACCCCCUCGUGGCCCCGAGCGGGAAUUCCCCUUCCGAAACGAAACGGAAAUUCCGGGAGGAGGGGCCAGAACCAGGGGUAGUCCCCGCACGUCGCUGGGCGCAAGAACGCCUACAGUUGGUGAAGGACCACCUAUCACCAGCCACCCAGCGGUUGUAUGACGGCCAUUGGCGCUGGUGGGAGCUAUACACCAGACGUCGUGGUGUUUCGGCACUCCGCUCCGUGGAUUGUUUCGAUCCCGGAGAAGAGUCGCUGUUCCUCGACUAUCUGGUGUACCUAUUCGUGGGCCAAGGUCUAGCAGCUGCCACGGCACAAGCCCGCCUCGGAGCCAUCCGAAGCGUGCACUUACAGCUUGGCUUCCCAGACCCACUGAAACCGCUUCCCCGUUUGCAACUUGCACUCGAGGGAAUCCGGAGAAGGAAAGGACCCAUCACCAAGAGGCGCCCAGUCACGCCGCACAUGUUGGCGAGGGCCCAAGCGGCAUUGCCACAAGGGCUGUGGGGAAGACAGCUCAAUUGUGCAUUGCAACUCGGUUUCUUUUUUCUCUUGCGAGUUUCAGAACUGGUCGGUGGCAACAAUCCGAAACUCGGGCUUCGAGUCAAAGACGUCAAGCUGUACAGCCGUGGCGAGUUCCUCGCCCGGCCACCCUUCCGCGGGGCAGAUGAGGUGCAGAUAGUUGUGCGAGCCUCUAAGACGGAUCCUGAAGGGGAAUCCGCAACGAGGAAUUUGUUUCGCAGCGACGCGGCCGUCUGCCCUGUGCUGGCGACCAUAGAGUUUCUGGAACUUAGAUGGUCGGAAGCCACGCCGCAUCCGGAGGAAAAGUUCUUCGGAGAGCUUACGAGGCAGGACAUCCAGACUGCCCUGCAGACUAUUGCAGCCUCCUUGGGGGAGGAGGCGCAAGCUUACACUCCCCACUCUCUAAGAUUUGGGGGAGCCUCCGCAAUGUGGGCAGGGGGCAUGGACUCAUACGUCCUCCGAACCUGGGGCCGGUGGAACUCAGACGCCUUUUUGGCAUACCUUUGGACGUCUAGGAAGGCGUCUGCCAACACCGCAGCCUGCAUGGCCCGCGCCGACAUGACACCGGUCAAAGGGUUCCCAAAUAAGUGA